CUAUUAUUACCAAAUAUGAUUUUACAUGGUCACAAUAUAAAAAGGCAUGGGUAAUUACUAUAUUAUGAUUGGUAGAUAGAGUCGUGUUUUGUUUGGUUCUGCCUGCCUAUAAAGGCUCCCUCAACCUCACAUUCAGACGGUUCCACACGCGUUAAUGUUUUUCCUGCGUCAUAGCACAGAACGCUACCAACUACUACUGGAUAUGAAACAUUAUUUAAAAUGUGUCACAUUUGUGAUCAAAUAACAUUUGAAAUAUACUUAAAAUAGGUACACUGAAAAGACAAUUCAGAAAAUAACAAUUAGCAAGUUGUUGCUUAAGCAGUUGGAGUGGUUGUCCUGACCUGACUCGUACAGCCAGGGCAGGACACGUCAAAACUCUGUCUUCGGGUGCAUAUGUCACUAACAACAACAGGAGCUAUUGUGGUACAGUAAUAUAACAACACGAAUAUUACUGUAAAAUUCAAGUUACUAUUAUUUUCAGUCUGCCAUCAUGCCUUCAGUUGUCCAUGUCAUUGUGGUUGGUGCUGGGAGCCGUGGGAAGACUUACUCAGAUUUUGCCACCUUCCAUCCCGAACGCAUGAAGGUUGUUGGAGUGGCUGAUCCCAGGGAAUUUGCAAGAGAGAUACUUCAAAAACAGCAUAACAUUGCAAAUGAAAAUAUAUUUGAAGAUUGGCACAAUAUAGUAGAGAGAGAAAAGUUUGCAGAUGCUGUGUUUAUUUGCACUCCAGACCGUCUUCAUAAGGACCCAGCAGUGGCACUGGCAAAGAAAGGCUAUCAUGUUUUAUUGGAGAAACCCAUGGCUGUGUCUACUGAGGAUUGCACAGAGAUUGUGGAGACAUGCAUUCAGAGUGGAGUUAUGCUCACUGUAUGCCAUGUUCUUCGAUAUGACCCAGUGAUCCGCAAAAUAAAAGAGCUGAUUGACAGUGGAGUUAUUGGUGAGGUGAUCCAUAUCCAACACCUAGAACCGGUGGGAUUCUACCACUUUGCCCACUCUUUUGUUCGAGGGAACUGGAGAAAUGAAGCUGAAAGCUCCUUUGCCCUUUUGGCUAAAUGCUGCCAUGACAUUGACCUAAUACAUCACUGGGCUGGAGGACGCAGGUGUUUGAAAGUAUCAUCAUUUGGAUCUCUCAGCCACUUCCGCAAAGAACGCAAGCCAGCAGGUGCGGGAGAUCGGUGCCUACAUUGCCCUGUGGAGGGAGACUGUUCAUAUUCUGCUCUCAAGAUCUACUUGGACAGAGUUAAGCAGGGUCAUACGGGUUGGCCGGUGUCUGUAAUAUGCCCCAGCUCUCUUCCAGACAUUGAAUCUGUGACAGAUGCCUUAAAGACAGGGCCCUAUGGACGCUGUGUAUAUGAAUGUGAUAAUGACGUUUGCACCAACCAAGUUGUAAACAUGGAGUUUGAAGGUGGUCUUACAGCAUCCUUCUCCAUGGUGGCAUUUACAGAGGAGAUAUGUCAGCGAAGAACAACGAUUUAUGGUAGCAAGGGGGAGCUCUCUUACAAUGGUAAUGAGAUUAGAGUGUUUGACUUUCUGACUCAAAGAGCCACAAAGCACAAAUCCAAUGUCUCAGGGCACUUCGGCAUGGGUGGUCAUAGCGGGGCCGACUAUCACUUGGUAGAUGCCUUCAUCUCUGCUGUGGCGAGUGGAGAUGCUUCCUUGAUCCGUUCAGGUCCAAGGGAGACUUUGCGAAGCCACAAACUGGUUUUUGAAGCAGAACGCGCCCGUUUGGAAAGCAAGGUGGUGUUCUGUGAGACUGACCAAUGAGUAGAGGAAUAGACAAGGUGAAAUGCAGACAGUAAAUAAUCAUGAUUGUAAUCAACGACAAUGAUUCCCAUUAACAUGACCGAUCAUUGAAUAUUCUCAGGAUAAAUGCACUUUAUUGGUUUAAUGUAGACCUAUGUUAUAUUUCAAAUGUGAAUACAUAAAAAAGUAACAUUCUGUCAUCUUAUUCAUUGAAAAAUAUUGUUUUUGAUGCCUCAAUGAAAAAUAUGGCAAUUUACUCUUGAUGUUUGGUGAGUCUGAGUUUAUAUGUAAAUAUUUCAUAAAACAUCUUAGAAACAAACAACUGACAAAAGAAGCAACAAGGGACAAUUGUCAAGUACAAAUUUAGAUUGUACAAAAAAUAUAACUAUUCUUUGCCUCCACAAAUGUCUCUAUUGUCAACAUUAAAUCAAGUA